CAUCGCUUCCCCCCCCCCAUUCGAUGCAGGCUGCUGCGCUUGAUGCCUUCCGCGCACAAGCCAAAAGCAUCCUCCUACAGCACGACGCUGUGGAUGCGAGAUGGCUCAGCAGCCAAGCUCAGCAGCAGGCUCAGCACGCUGGUCAUCAUCGCAGUCAGCCCAAGCACCCAUCGUCCGUUCUCACGGUGUCGAGCAAGACAGAUGCUGCUGCUCCCACUACUACUACUGCUGGUGGUGGUGGUGGUGGUGGUAAUGGUGCUGGUGGGAUGAGCACCCAGCCACAGCGAUCGCAGACGCUCCAUUCGCUGCGGCGCGGCUCGUUUGACGGCUUGGCAGCAGACUUCCAGCCACAGCGCACAGCGAUCGCUGCGACUGCGAUGCGUAAUGCUCAUGCUAAUGCUCAUACUAAUGCUAGUGCCAAUGCUGCGAACGGAUCCAUCUUUGCGUCGGCGUACGCGAACGCCGUCAACGCGAGCGAAGCCACUCAAGGAUCCUCGCUCAGUGCAAUGCACAUUGACAGUGCUACUACUGCAACUACUGCUAUGCCGUCAUUAUCGCGACGAGCUUCGCGUCAGACUGCUCAGCAUAAUCAUGUAACAAGCAGCAGCAUGAACGAAUUCAAGAGCACUUCGAGCCAAGAAAGUCUCGUACAAGUCGAGGCAAUUGCUCGUGCUGCGCGAGUCUGCGUCGAGACGGGCUCCCCGCUGUCAACAUCCACGAUGGAGCGAAGUACCGCGCAACAAAAGACCCUUCGUGUGAUGCAGGACCUCUUGUUUGAGUUUGGCGACAAACGCGCGGCGCUUUCCGUCCUCACCGAAGCCCUGAUCCGGUGCACCCUUCGCGAUGCCACGUUUUCCGUUUCCGAGGUCGUUUUGGGCCUGACCAUCAGUGCUGAGCAAGCUCUUCCUGACCUGUGGAUUGCGAUAUAUGCCAUUAUAACCCGCCUUGCGCCUUAUUGCUCGAUGCGAGACGCACAUUCUGUUUUACGACACAUCAUUAAAACCUUGUACCGCAUGCCACAUCGGCUCUCCUGGCGACAGGCAGAAUGCGCGUUCGUGGGCAAGCAAGCAGCCGCCGUGGUGCUGCGAUGGUUGCUGCCAAGCUACGUCUCGUUCCAUGAACUCCGCACAACGCUGCACUCGAGCGACCGUGCUUACGCCGCAGCUGCAGUCACGCCGCAGAUUCAUGCUGCUCGUCUUGCUGCCACGACACGGGCAGCGACUACCAGUAUAGAGAUGGAUGCGGAUGGCACGUCGUUUGUAACGACAAGCGUGGCUGAUGCUCAAUCGUUUCCCUCGCAUCCGAUCGCCCUCAAGACUCAGGCCGCGACGCCUGCAAUGCCUUUUGCUCCCGAAAAGUUUGGCCUCGCGACACAUUGGAUUGCUGACGACCUCACUUCAGGAUUGGUCUCCAAGUUUGAGGAUUUGUCGUUGUGUCUUUCCUUCUUUCAUCUCCCAUUCUGCACACCGAUCACUGGAUUCUCGUCUGCCCAGUCAUGGCAGGUUGCACUGAUGAGCGACCCCAACGCAGAGCACCCGGGCAGAAAUGCCUUUGUCACUCCUGCAUCUGCGCGUCUCCAGCGGUCGCUCGAGCCCGUCUUGCAAGAGGUGAUUAUUCAAACUCUUGCGGGUCACGGUUCCGAGCCCCUCUUGUGGCCUGGAGACCGCACCCUUUUGCGACACAUCACCGCAAAUCAGCUGGUGCCCAUCGUUGCCCGUCUCAUCGCUCUGACGAAUGAUGUGCUGGGUCGUCACCCUCUGAAUCCGCAGGCGUAUCGGGACGAUUCUUCCAACCAUCAUCCCCCACCUCCGCUGACGGAGCAGCAAUUGAAAGAGGACAUUCCGCUGGAGCUGUUUGCGAGAUGGCACGCAUUUUUCGAUUUUUUCUCGGCCAUGGCUUUCACGCAGGUUUGCGACAUGCCACAAUUCAUGGCCAAGGUCGCUCUCGAGCUGAGCGACACCCAUAGUCCCUUUCUCACGUGGCUGAUUGCGCAAACACUGAGCCUCACGUCGACUCGCGAAUCGAUUCUUCGCCGUGAGCACCUUCCUGGCACCACGAUCUCACCUCGCGACUUUUUGCAGCUGCAUAAUUCGCCCGUCACCCACUCUUGCGUACUCCAAGGCCGCGCGAAAAUCGUGCAGAUGAGCUUUUUCAACGCGUUGCGCAAGCUUGAUUCCAAGAGCCUUGCUUCUCGUCCUCCUGAAGAGCUGCUGACGUUGACCGAUUACACGCACACGAGCAAAGUCCCGCUUGAAAAGUUCCCUUCGCUGCCUGUUCUCACGCGCGAGCAACUCCAGGCACUUGUUUUUGCAUCCACAUUGUACACUGAUUCAGCCGAUGCCCUGAUCAUCUAUCUGCAAGAUACGGCCACCAUCGCGCGGGUUCGGGAGCUUGGCUGGCCAUCCGAUCUCGAAAGCGCGGGUGCUGCCGUUCCAGGAGCCGCUCAGCAAGCCAGGCGUUUUGGCGGCCCCAUUCCCCCUGAGGUUUUGGCCGACGAGGAGCUCCGCGAAUGCCUCGAGGCCGGCAUCAAACCUCCCCUUGAACUGCCCAUCCUGGACAUGCUGACCGUUCCCUCUCGAGUGCGCUUGUUCUGGGCGGGUCUCAAAGCUUUCACAGCCGGUGCCUUGACACACCCAGGCAGUAUUGCGCCGGCGCUGUUGGAAACGCUCUACCGUGUCUUGUGUUCCAUAUCCACCGCUGUGGCGACCGUAAUCGGGGAGCCUAAAUCGGACAUGAGUGCAGCCAUUCCAGCCACACUGGUGCAGCUUACCCUUGCGACAAAGACAGUCCCCGAGUCGCAGUCAAUCUACCAUUACAUUGCUUCGUUUUUGGAUUUGUGCUCCUUCCGCAUUCAGCGUCGUAUGCGUGCAUUCCCGCUUCACCUGCAGUACAUGAGCGCCCUUCAAGCGAGCGCGAUGGUGGCCGAGAGCCGUCAAGUCCUGUGUCUGAUCGCCGUUGCGUGUUUGCGAGCAGUCAGUGUUUUGCCCUGCACCAACUUGCUCGAGUUGGGCGCGCUGGGGCAAGAAACGCGCUCUAAAGGCUUGCGCAAUCGCCCAGAGGAACCGCUGCGCCAGUAUCCGUGCUUUCGUUUCCACCCGCUACUCCAGCAGUUCGUGGGGGUCAGCCUUGCUCAAGCGUUUGCCUCGCGUGAUACUGGCUCCAACAGUGAUCCGUUGCGAACCUCCAUGCUCGAUUAUGCCAGCCAUUGCUUUUCGGUCGCUCCCACCAUGGUCAACGCAAGCUUGAUGACAUUGAUGCCGACCGAGUUGCGGGAGUUUUACGCGGAAUCGUCGUCGCAGAAAGUGUUGGCGGCGGUUGCUGCUCUCAGAGUCGAGAUUGCGCGCCAGCACUUUAAAGUCAUGCAGCAAGCGUCCAGUACGCUUGGCCCGAAGCCUGCCAAUGUUUCGGCGACGCCACCGACUCUGGAUCAGCUUGGCGAGCUUGCAACCAAAAUCAACGACUUUGCUGACACGUACCAACCAGAUUCAGCCCUUGUAGCCACGCUCAAGGCCCUCAAUCCCUUGUCUGUCCUUUCCGCGACGCGAGAAGCGACGGAUUUGCAACUCCUCGUCAACCGAUACAACCCAAAUAACAUUCUCAUUACGGGAAGCAACCCGGACGGCGUGACUUUUGAGACGUUGCAGACACACUACCAGCCAGUGUACAACCAGGUCGUGCUGCUUCCAUUGAGUUACACCAUUUUGUUCAAGCUUCGCGCCAAGUCCAAACCAGGCGUCGCGCUGCAUCACCAGAAUGUUUGUCGCCUAUUGGCUCAGUUCCCCGCCCGCUUUAUGCCUGCGUACGUUGACAUUUUCGUCCACUUUGUCCUCGACUUUCUGCAGCGUGCGUUCGGCCCAGCUCAGCGCUCAGAUGCGCCACUGGACCCAGCCAUCAUCGCGCUGCACCUGGACCUGCUCGCAGACUGCAUCUGGCAACGCUGGCUCGUUCCUGCUGACCUUGUGCUCAUGUCCCUGGCUGCGCCGACCAUUGAUGGCGUGCGUGCUGCCAUCGCUUGCCAGUUGCUUGACGGCUUGCUCCAUCGUCCGGAGAUGCAGGAGAGAGCUGAUGCCUUUGUCGCCCUGAAGCUGCCUCACGAGCCAUGGACAUCGCAAUGCUGGACGGUGCGGCUGCGCGAGUACCAAGCCAAGUUUCCAGAAGUGUUUGAUUACGAGUCGCCGGCGGCUCCGUCAACGAGCCCUUCCAUCCAAGUGGUCUUUAGCUGCGCUCCUCUGCGUCAGUUGACCAUCAUGGAGCAAGCCAUUUGUCGGUUUAUCGAACACAACAGGCCUCAGCUUGCGCUCAAUCUGAUUGCUCGCUACCAGCCAUUGCUGCUCUACCACGACAGCAUUUUGAGAUUUGUGGUUACGACACUUUCCUUUUAUUUAGCAGCACCAGGCCUAACCAUGCCGUUGCGCCAGCGACUCCUUUCCCUGGUAGCCGACGGGCGGAUUGCGCCCGCGACACCCGAAAUGUGCGAGUACUUGACUCAAACGUUCUCACCGGCAAGCAGUGACGAGUCGUCAUCCUCGCUUGACGAGGAUGGAAAUCUGAUUGAAGUUCUGCCCAAGUCGUCGCCCGUUUUAUCGCCCAAUCACCACAAGAUUGUGCUGAAACGCCUGGCUCGUGCUGUCUCGGUCUCCGAGGGGGGUUCGCACUUUUUCUCCCUGGACACACCCAUGACUGGACCGUACGACACGCGCUUUACAGAGUACGGCUCGCGGGCGCAAGCGCUGGUACUCGUCACAGUGUGCGAAUUGCUUUGCAUGCCGUCCUUGAGCGAAAGCGUUCCUGCGCUUUGCAAAGCGCUUGUCGACUGCGCGGUCACUGCUUCUGCCGACGUGGCACCCGAACCGUCCCUCAUGUUUGCCAUCGCUCUUGUGUUUGUGAGCUUGCCCAAGGUCUUCCACCACGGUUUGUUGGCGCUUGUGAAAGAUGUCGUUCUUUCCCAUUCCAUGUUUGCCGAGGCAUCCAACACGGCUGGCCUGCACUCGACGCUGGCAGCCACGGCCACCUCGGUUCUUCAUGCACCGCCGCUCGGCACCCAGGCCGGCACGGCACUCGGCAAGGACGACCAGGCUCAUUCCAACAACCAGCAUGCUGCCACGUCAACACGGGACGAACUUGACAUGCUCUUGGAUCAACUGGACAGGCCACAUGCUUGCCCGACCAAUCUACAUGCAUCCACGCGCUGCUCGCAACCCAGCGUCCUUCUCACGAUUCUGCACUUUUACCUGCAUCAAUUGCAUCAAUCGCACCCCUCGGUUGUUGCAUCUCUGACUGCUUUCAUUGGCGACCUCACUCCCCAACUGCGUUCUGUUUCUCAAAUCUGGUACUUGUGUCAAAUUGUGGGGCCUUUUCUUUUUAGAGAGUCCAAUGUGGGCGAGUUGUUGCUUGCACUGUUGAAGGCACUGUGUCAACUCCAUCAGGGUGGCAAGCUCCAUACGGAUUGCUCCCAAUUCGAGUCGGUCAUGGAUUUCAUGUUCCACAUCAAGUACACAUUCCCGCUGGGAGACUGGACUUUUGAUCGUGUGGCAACGAUCAUCACGGCAAUGCCUGCUACCUUGCAACACCAUCUAAGGUUUUUGGUGCGCACCAAGACUGCUGGGCAAGCCGCCCAGCAACAGCAACAGCAACAGCAGCAACAGCAACAGCAACAGCAGCAACAGCAACAGCAGCAACAGCAGCAACAGCAACAGCAGCAGCAGCAACAACAACAACAACAACAACAACAACAACAACAGCAACAACAACAGCAGCAACACCAACUGCAUGGACAACAUGGACAGCCGCAAGGCCAUCAACAUGGCGCUCAAGGACUCCACUCUCGAUCCGGAUCUGCCAUUCCAAUGACCACUUGAUGCUCUUCUCAAUUUUUUUU